UAAAACUUAUGACGUCGAAAAUCCACAAAAUAGGGAGGAAUCACAAUUUUCUGCCGUUGAGAGCACAGUGUCGGAAUAUGUUCAAAAGAGCACCAUUCACGGUAUUGCGUAUGUUGGGGACGAUGAACGAAAUAAGUUCGAAAGAAUUUGGUGGUUCGUUAUGUUAAUCUGUUCAACCUUUGGUGCGUGCUAUUUAAUCUACCAAGCAUACAGAACAAUGAACGAAAAUCCAAUAAUUGAAAGCCCAGCAUUGAGUAAGGCUCCACUAUGGGACGUACCGUUUCCUGCUGUUACCAUUUGUCCUACGAUCAAAAGUGAACUCACUCCCUUCGCAUUGAACAAAACUAAUUGGCCGGAUUUUGCGCAAAAGUUUUUGCCAGAGAAUUUAACUGACCUGCCAGUAUCUUCAAAAAUAUUUCCUUCAAUUGUCCUAGAAAAUGUGUUGCUGCAGAGAAGCGAUCAGGAUAAUUACGACAUUUUAAGCCAGGCUUUGCCAGAUAUCAAUGUUAAAGUUGCUGGUUGGCAGGUAACAUUUAUUGAAAUAUACGGUGCUACCUUGCAAAAAACCAUAACAGCCAUUGGUGCUUGUGUAACAUUCAACAUGUACGACGAGAAAGACUUAUUGAGAGACGGUGUAAUUCCGAGUUCACUUGAUGAACUCACCGACAAGAAGGAACAAUUGUGGAGUCGAGAUUCUGACUUUACAAAAGGACUACCGGUAGAAGACUACACAUAUCCGCUUCGAGCGUUUACCGUUAACCAUGCGUUUCUCAUGCACUUCGACGUGAAUCAAACUGGACAAUUCAGUCAAUUCGAUUCACAAUUCACGUUAAUCUUUCAUGCACCUGACGAAGUUCCGCUUUAUUAUCGACACGCUAUAUACACCACCAUCAAAGCUGAAAAAUUUAGCUUCAUCGAAUUAACGCCGCAUUUAGUCGUAUCGGAAGGCAUCGAAAAAUACGAGCCGAACGUUCGCAAGUGCUAUUACACCCACGAGCGACAUUUGAAAUAUUACAAAAUCUACACCCAAAACCAUUGCGAAUCGGAAUGUCUCGUUGAUUACACUCUCGCCCAAUGUGGAUGCGUUCCUUACUUUAUGCAGCAUUUUAACGACACCAAAAUUUGUGGAACGGAUUUGGAUUGCUAUUGGACUGCGUUGCACAAACUUUUUUUACCCGAGUUCAAAGAUGACGGUACACAUGCUCUAAUUGACGAUUGCAAUUGCCUUCCAACAUGCACUCAGUUGUCAUAUACAAUUCAAGUGACCGAAUUGGUGCGGAAUCCAGAUGAUGGUGGAAGUGUGCUGCAAAUUAGGAACAAACUUCCAUUUUUUACGAAAAAUGUCCGCACCGAGCUGCAUAGUCUGAGUGAAUUCUUUUCAAAUUGUGGCGGCUCCCUUGGAUUAUUCCUUGGAGUGUCGAUCUUCAGCAUAAUUGAAUUGAUUUACUUUUGUACAGUUCGAUUGUAUUUGCACAGUAAACGGUCGGAUCGGCAAAAAGCUUCCGAAGAGACCAAUGAAUGAAAUAAUAUAAUAAAAGGAAUGACCAGUAAUAAUAGACUACAUUGGACGCGGCGAAUUUGUCACAGGGGUUUGGACCUGUUUCCGGUGUAGUUUAUUUUAUCGGUUGUUCCAUCCGGAAAGU